AUGUUCCACUUAAUCAAGAAGGACCGAGACGGGUCCCGGAGGGAGAAGAAGGAGAAGAAGGAGAAGAAGGAACGCAUGUCGGCCGCCGAGCUGAAGAGCCUGGAAGAGAUGAGCCUGCGACGAGGUUUCUUCAACCUCAACCGGUCUUCCAAGCGGGACGCCAAGAACCGCCUGGAGAUCUCCAACCCCAUCCCCAUCAAGGUGGCCAGCGGCUCGGACCUCCAUCUCACCGACAUCGACUCCGACAGCAACCGGGGCAGCGUGAUCUUGGACUCCGGCCACCUCAGCACGGCCAGCUCCAGCGACGACCUCAAAGUGGACGACGGCACCUUCAAGGGCUCGGUUCUGCAGCGGGCCGCCAAGUUCGGCUCGUUGGCCAAGCAGAACUCGCAGAUGAUCGUCAAGAGGUUCUCCUUCUCCCAGAGGAGCCGCGACGAGAGCGCCUCGGAGACCUCCACGCCCUCCGAGCAU